AUGCCAGCUCAUGAAGGAUUGCCGGAUACUGGAAUGAUGGGCUUCGAUUUCUGGGACCAAAACGUAUUGUCUGCUACGAAUUGGCUGGACGGUCUGGACAAUACAGCCUUCGUUGGAUAUCCGAUGUCGCAAAUGGAAUCGAAUGAACAGCUCUUUGGCCCUUUUGGUGUUUCCAACAACGCGAUCACAGGAGCUAUUGUGGCUACGCCCGCCAGUAAGAACAGGAGCCAGGUUCAAACCGAGUCGCCUCAGAGUAUCUUCUCGCCCCGUUCGGCUGCAGUGACUGAAGGCAACACAAGCCACACGUCUUACGAUGGUGGACAAGCCGAGGUCGGCCAAUACUAUGUUGAUGGCGAGCCUGCCAGACUGCCUCGAGUCAAAAGACGCAAGAUAUCGCAGUCCCAACCGACGCUCCAGUCUGAUACCGCAGAUGGCUUUAGUCUUCAAAUGCGACCGGUAUCUGAAGCUCCUGAGCAUACUCCUUUCAAGAUAACCGCUGGAGAUUACAAUGCGAUUGUGGAAUCUUACCAGCGGCUCUGUAUCAGUCCACCACCAGGAUGGAUAGCUUAUGAACCCGUCGAGCUUCCAUCCGUGGAGAUUUUGACAUUCUUACUUGGCCUCUAUCAUAGAAAUUUCAGCCAGACGUUGCCUGUCCUGCAUCCUCUUGGCUUCGAUGCUGAUGGCCCUCGGGAGGGCUUGAUUCUUGCCAUGGCAGCUAUAGGGACUCAUUACCCGCAAGAAGGCGGGUCUGCCAGACUAAGCAAAUCGAUGCAUGAGUUUGUACGCCGCUUACUGCUCUACCAGUAUGAGACUGUGUUCGAUGACACUGUGUCCACUUGCUGGACCUGCACAGAAUUGCUCAACUUGGUUGGCAUGGCAUAUUGCGAUGACCUGAAGCUUCAGCGCUAUGCGUUAACUUCGAGACACCGGGUCGCUACUAUUUUCGCGAGAUCUAGACAGAACUUGAGCUCAGAAAGCCGGAGACCUGCUCAGGACGAAAGCAGUGGGAAUGAAUUCCGAUCUUGGGUCAGACGUGAAACCGCCAUUAGGCUUGCCUACGGUGCCUGGAUGACAGAUUGCAUGUUCCAAUAUCAGUUCCAGUCUGAGCAUGUCUUGAGCUUGAAAGAUGCUCAGAUACCUUUGCCCUGUGAAGAAGGAAGGUGGAACGCUACGAACGAGCAGGACUGGAAAGAGCAGACAAAGGCCGCUCAACCACCAACUUUGAACGAAGCACUCCAGGAUCUAUAUGUCGAAAAGCAUAUGCCAAAAGAGCGAGGGGAAUUCGCGAGAAUACUGAUCAUCCAUGGGUUGUAUCAUCGAAUGUGGGAGGUCGCAGACUAUUUGUCGAAUCCAUUGGCUCACUGGGAACCAACCGCGAAUAGGCAAGCGAGUUCAGAUGUCCUACCGUCGACGCCGAUCUGGCUUCCAUCUAUUCCUACCUUUACCAGAUGGCAAAACUCGGCUUGCGACUGUCUAGAUGUGCUUCAUUGGCAGGCAAACGCGACAAUCGGCCAAGCCAGCGGGCUGGAGCAUCCAACCGUUCUUCAUCUGCACUUGGCCAGAAUCAUCCUCCUCGCGCCUCAUGCAGAGAUCACGAAGCUUGCAAAGGCCAUGGUAGUCCCGUCUGCGGUUCGUGAUAACGACGAGAUGCUCUCGAAUAAGCGGCUGAUCCAGCGAUGGGCGAUACAACAUCAAUACAAAGCCAGGCUUGCGAUAAUCCAUGCGGGUGUGGUGUUUUGGCACGUUCGUCGAUACUCUGUAGAUGGGUUUCACGAAGCACCAGCAGUCGCCCUCGCUGCACUGACACUGUGGGCGUUUGGGACUUUCUCAAACAAGAAAGCUCUUAGCAGAUCGACUUCCCAACAGCCACAGAGUACACACCCGCCACGAAUGCAGGAGGCGAGAGAGGAUUCCGACCAGAGCGAUGAUGCCUCCUGCAACAUAAUUCUCCUGGACCGCCCAGCAGACGAUGAAAUUGUCCAGCAGUUCAUACGGAACGGUCACAACAUGAAAGCUAAUGUCGCUGGAAGCGACUUGUACGCAUCGAAAGGACCAGAGCGUGCGUUACGUCAAGGAUGUAAAUUGCUCGCUUCGCUCAGGUGUUGGGGAACCAGUACCCACUGGAAUCGUUUGCUACAGAAACUCGUCGAAACAGUGCAGAAGUCGUCAGCGAAGACAUAA